AUGCCACUGCUCUGCAGCCAGGUUCCGCGCGAUGCAAUGCGGACGAUCCUUGGAUUCGAAUUGGACAAUGAGAGGCGAACAGGUCAAGAAAAGCGAAAGGUCGCGAAUGUUUCUGGAAGGCCCAAAGUGUGGGGAAGCCCGAUAAGAGGAUGUGUCAGCCGCAUUAUCAAUACUCCGCUUCCCCAGAGCGGCAUGCCGCGGGUUGCCGGGAUUGCCCGCGGUAAGCCGAGUUUCCCCGUCGUCACGUGUGCCAGACGUCAUCGCCGAUGGCGCUUCAUUGGCCGCGGAGGCCGCGCUUUGACGGGAGUGACCUUUCCUCGUCACCAUUGGAGCGCUUCGGACAUUCUCAAUAUGGCGGGCUCGUUGAUCCAGAGGCACCCACUCCAGCGACUAGCGAGUCCCUCGCGGAGUCUCUCCGCACUGGUGCAUUUGGUGGGACUGUCAAGCUUUUUCUGGGCCUUCAAACACAACGAAGCCUAUGGGUGGCACUUUCAAUACCUCACGGUGAUUGGCCUCACGCUAUCUACCCUCACGUUCCUGGUCGGUCUCUCGGCGGAUAUUACACUGUCUCGCCGACUCUUCCUGGUCAAGAACAUCCUAUCGGUCUGCAGCACACCGCUUGAGGUUCUUAUCAGCGUUCUGUAUUGGGGUCUUCGCUUGAUCGAUGAGAAGCUGGUCAUCCCCGAGAAUGUGAUCAUCCCGCUUCACGCCGAUCUCGCAUUCCAUGCGACUCCAUCGGUGGUGAUGAUGAUUGAUCUACUAUUCCUAUCUCCGCCAUGGACCAUCACGAUUGUCCCCGCCCUGAUGAUAUCGGUGACCAUUGCAUUUGGAUACUGGUUCUGGGUUGAGCAGUGCUUUGCCGCGAAUGGAUGGUACCCCUAUCCGAUUUUCGAAGUCCUUUCCAUCAAAGGUCGCAUUGGCCUCUUCACCCUGAGUGCUGUCAUCAUGGCACUGAGCACCGUCACACUCAAAUGGCUCGUCGGGCGCAUCAAUGGCUUUGGCCACCCCAUGAAGCUAGAGUCGCGUCCAGGCGAUAUCAAACGCAAGGAAGGCCUGUAA